AUGUCGCCCGACUACUUUGUGCGUGCCACGCGCAAGGGCGGGCUGCCGCUGUCAGUGGAGAAGCGGCGCUAUGGCAAACCAGUCACGAUCCUCGAAAACUGUGGUGGCGACGUGCCAGGGCUGCUCGCUGCGAUCAAGGCUGCUCUAGGGACGGGAGGCACACUGCACGGCGGCGGCCUUGAGAUCCAGGGCAGCCUGAUCGAGCAGCUCAGUGCGUGGCUCCUUCGUGCCGGCAUCGUGCGUGGCCUCGCAAAGCCCGCACGGCCGCACGAGAGCGAGGAGGAUGCGGCCGCUGCGGACGCCGCCGUGGCCGCCGCACGGCCGCCGAGGGAUCGGCCACGCUGGAGCGCGGAGCGUGUGGCGGCCGCCACUCGAGCGGCAACAACGGGCAGCAGCUCUCUCGCAGAGGCGUCGGGUGCGCGCAGCCCUUACGACGCGUUUUGCGCGCUCUGGCGUGGCUGGCCGUACUGGGACCAGGACUGGUCCCGGCUGCCGGAGGUGGCGUGA